GGAUUGGUGCAUGCGCUGCAGGGGUGCAUUGCCAGGGGCAACCGCAGCUGACUGGUCUGUCCGGUGCAGGAGAGAGGACAGGACAGGUGGAGGAGAAAGGACAGGACAGGUGCUGGAGAGAGGACAGGACAGGUAACUGUGCAGAGUUUUAAACAGUCUGCGAGGAGAUGCUGGACUUCCUGCGGCUGGUCUCAGAGGCGGACAGACGGACUCUCCCUGCUCUCUCUCUGCUCUCUGAAGACGGUCGAUAUCAACUGUAUUUGGGGGGAUGUGUCCUCCUUCAUUGAACGUCAGAUGACCUUACAGAAGGGGGUUCACCUGGCAGGACUGGGCACCUUCACUUUCUCUCAGCAGAGGUUGGACAUAGGAAACAGGUUCACAAUGAUCCAAAGACCGAUCUUCCUCCUGUCAGGGAAACUAGCCCAGUCUCUUGGUUUGAAGCAGGUUCGGCCUCUGGCGGCAGCCACACACCUUCCCGUGGUGCAGCUGAACUAUGCAGCCGUGUCUCAGGAGAGCCCUUUCAGCCGAGACGUGGUGGAGGGCUGCGUCAGAGAGACUCUGCUGCUCCUCUGCAGAGCUCUGGCCUCUGAACAACAUGCCCUCCUCACCUUUCAGGGGAUCGGGGUUCUGUCCUUUAAGAACAACAAGGUGCGGAUGAAGUUCAACAGAGAUUUUAUUAACGCCAUGGACGGGACAGGUCGGCUGCUGUUAGCCUUCAACAAAAGACCUGGGAGCAGCGUGUCUUUGCUGUCCAGUGGACCGGCAUCCAGGCUUCAGCGGCCACAGACUGCUAACCCCGUCACCCUACCAAGUAUCUGCUCUCCCUGUCCAGACAACAAAGCCGGUGACAAAGACGCAUGGUGCUCGUCACCAGCUCUCCACCAAAGGAAUGCAGGAGAAGUUCCCCAACAAAGAGAAUCCAAGUCCCAUCAGCCACUGCAGCCCGCCAAGAUGAAAGCUGUCCGCCUGUCUGAAGAACCGGACCCAAAACCCCCAACAGAGGCUGCAGAAAAACCCACCGCCUUCAUCUCCCCACUAGAGGGCGCCCCAAAACUGCAGGAACCUCUUCUGAAUGUGGCCUGCUCAGGUCACACCCGGGCUGGACAGGAGCUGUGCUACCUGUGCAUGCAGCGAGCUCAGAGGAACGUUCCUGUGUACCUGAGGAAGCAGCAGGAGGCCGAGGAGAGAGCUCAGGAGAAACUCUUACUGUUGGAAGAGCAGCAGAGAGACCGACGCUUCAUGGAGGAAGAACAGAGAAAGCUGGACGAGCAGAGAGAGCACGCCAAACAGGUGGCGACGUUCAACCUGCAGGUGAAUAAAGAGAGGAAAGAACAGAGUCUGCUCCCCGUCUGUCCUACCUCGUUCAUCUUCCCGACUCGGCCCCUGACGGCAACCCGGAGGAUCCAGCAGCACCACUACAUGAGCGACCUGCAGAGCCAGAUACAGAGCCGCCGACAACACGAGGCGCAAGACCAGCACAGCCGUCUCCUCAUGGAGCGUCUAGACCAGGUCCAGCUGGUCCAGGAAUUAGCUCUGCAGAAAGCUCAGCAGCUCCAGCAGAAACAUCAGAGAACCACAUGUUACAAGAGAGCGCUGGACACUCAGGUGGGAGAUAAGAAGAGCAGCGACCCUCCUCAGUGCCAAGUUGACGGCUCAGGGUUCCCUCGCUGUGAGAUGGCAGCCAGCAACAUGGAGAACCGAGAGAGAGCGCAGAAGGUGUUUCAGGAUAACUUCAGCACCGCCACACAGAAGAAGACCGACGCACAGCACCAACACCAAGAGCAGCUGGAGGAGGAGAAGGAAAUGCUCCAACACAACAGGAUGGAGUUCAUUUUGGGUCGUAUUAACCGCUCUGAGCAGCAGCGGGACGUCAGCAGGUCGCUGGAGGACGACUGGAGUCGCUGUGUGAGGCUGAAACACGACAGAGAGGAGGAGGAGAAGCGCUUCCUGAGGUCUGCUGGAGAGCUGCUGGUGGAUAAGCUGUCCGAGUUCAGGCGCUGCUGUCAGUGUAAGAGGAGGACGACUAACUGUGGAGAGAGCAACAUCUGGAAAGACUCUCGUUACCUCUCCGGCUCUCAGUUCAUGAUCUGAUGAGCUGAGAUCUUAAACCCUCACAGCACCUGGACCGGAUCCUCUGAUGGCGGGUGGAGCAGGGAACUGGAUGUGACCGUGGGAUCAGAUGUUCUUCAGACCGUCGGUGUCUGGACUUCAUGAUUGUGGUGUUUUGUUUUCCUUUGACAGAAAGCGUUUAGUGGGAUGUGUUUGUUCAGGAUGUGACACACUCAAUAAAACGAUCUUGUUCCUCCCUCUGACUCUAA